UCGGGUCGGCGGGACUUCCGUGUUGGCGGGAUUCUGAACGCUGCCAUGGCGCAGACGGUGCAGAACGUUACGUUGUCUCUCACGCUGCCCAUCACCUGCCACAUUUGCUUGGGGAAGGUACGCCAGCCUGUCAUAUGCAUCAACCACCAUGUGUUUUGUUCUAUUUGUAUCGAUUUGUGGUUGAAGAAUAAUGGCCAGUGUCCAGCUUGCAGAGUCCCCAUCACUCCUGAAAAUCCUUGCAAAGAGAUCAUUGGAGGAACAAGUGAAAGUGAACCUAUGCUAAGCCAUACAGUCAGGAAGCAUCUUCGGAAAACUAGGCUCGAGUUACUCCAUAAAGAAUAUGAGUAUGAAAUAGAUUGUUUGCAGAAAGAGGUAGAAGAACUUAAAAGUAAAAAUCUCAGCUUGGAGUCACAGAUCAAGUCUAUUCUGGAUCCUUUGACCUUGAUGCAAGGCAAUCAAAAUGAAGAUAAACAGCCAGUUGCAGAUACUCCACAUAAAACUGGCCAAGAUACUACAGAAGAAUGGAAGAAGAAACUCAGAACAGCUAAAGAAAUCUAUGAAAAAGUAAAAGAUGAUGUGGAUAAAUUAAAAGAGGCAAAUAAAAAACUGAAAUUGGAAAAUGGCAGCCUGGUGAGGGAGAAUUUACGACUGAAGGCUGAAGUUGAUAACAGAUCACCCCAGAAGUUUGGAAGAUUUACCGUUGCUGCUCUUCAGUCCAAAGUGGAACAGUAUGAACGUGAAACCAAUCGGCUCAAGAAAGCCUUGGAGCGAAGUGAUAAAUAUAUAGAGGAACUAGAAUCUCAAGUUGCACAACUGAAAAAUUCAAGUGAAGAGAAGGAGGCUAUGGAUUCCAUCUGCCCAAGAGUGCUUUCUACAGAUGGCAAGGGGACCAAAAGCAGUGAGGAGGAUGUGGCAUCGAAGACUCCAGGCGAUACUGCCAGAAAGCAGCCUGGCACGGCCACUGCUAGUUCUCACCUGGCACAGCCUUCCAGCAGCCGGCUGUUGGACUCCAGUGCUACCAGACAAGAAAACACUAGCAAAAUAGAACCAAACUGCCCUAAGAACAAAGACCUCUACCAAAAACAGGUAGAAAUAAUGUUAGAUGUGACAGAUACAAGUAUGGACACUUACUUAGAAGGAGAGUGGGGUAAUAAGCCAAGUGACUGUGUCCCCUAUAAAGAUGAAGAGCUUUAUGAUCUUCCAGCUCCCUGCACUCCCCUGUCUCUCAGUUGCCUUCAGUUAAAUACUCCAGAAAAUAGAGACGGUACCGUGAUCAAAUCUGGGGGAGAUACCAAAAAGCACUCAAACCAUCUUAGAAAACUAGUGUUUGAUGAUUUUUGUGAUUCUCCAAAUGUUUCUAACAAAGAUUCUGCAGAUGGUACCAGUAGAAAUGAAAAUGAAAAGAAAGCAGAAUGCUUUACUUCUACAAAGACAAGAUUUUGGGAUUGUUGCUCUACAAGCUAUGCCCAGAGCUUGGAUUUUGAAAGUUCCGAGGGGAACACAAUAGCAAGUUCUGUCGGAGAAAUAUCUUCAAAACUGAGUGAGAAAUCUGGCUCCUGCUUAUCCAAAAGGUUGAACUGUAUUCGUUCUUUUGAAAUGAACCGGACAAGGACAUCCAGUGAAGCAUCAAUGGAUGCUGCUUACCUUGACAAAAUCUCCGAGUUGGAUUCCAUGAUGUCAGAGUCGGACAACAGCAAGAGCCCCUGUAAUAAUAACGGUUUCAAGUCGGUAGAUUUGGAUAGCUUGUCCAAGUCCUCUCAAGGCAGUGACUUUCUGGAGGAGCCAGAUAAGUUGGAAGAAGGAACUAAACUGGAUCCUCUAACCGCUAGUGAUCAGUUAGAAAAUGGAAAUGAGUGGAAACCCACUUCAUUUUUUCUCCUCUCCCCACCUGACCAAGAAAUGAAUGAAGAUUUUUCACUCCACCCUACUUCGAAUCCAGGAACAAAUGAAAUCAAACCUCCACGCUGUUUGUUUCAGACGGAGUUCUCCCAGGAUAUUUUGUUAAGCAGUACGCGUGGUCUGUUUGAAGAUCAAAGGUUUGGGUCAUCUUUGUUUAAGAUGUCCUCAGACAUGCACAGCCUUCAUAACCACCUUCAGUCUCCUUGGUCUACUUCCUUUGUGCCUGAAAAGAGGAAUAAAAAUGUGAAUCAGUCAACAAAAAGAAAAAUACAGAGCAGCCUUUCCAAUGCCAGUCCAUCGAAAGCAACCAAAAGUUGACUUAUUGGGAGAUGCCAUUUGUUUUUGUCCUGAAGGGAAUGGAAAUGUUUUUAAAGUAAUUUUUUCCUUUAUAAAUGUUCUACACAAUCUUGAAUUGAUGAUCUUUAAGUCAGAAUAGUAGGUUAACCUGUACCCAAAGUACUUAAUUAAUGUUGAAACACUGUGCUGUUUUUUGUUGUUUUUUUUUUUUUUUUUUUUUGGGGGGGGGGGGUUAGGGGAAUCUUUUUGAAUAGAGGAAAUACAGUGAAGGAGGUUGGAGUUUGUUUUUGUUUUUUAAUGGGUAUUAUAUGGAUACAAGUUGGUUGUAUUUAACUAUUAGAUACAAUAGCCUGUUAACAAGGCUCAGUUGUCUUCAGAACAUGGUUUCUUUAAUAAAUCUUUCAACACUUAUAAGACAUGGGUUUCUUCAAAGCUUUUCCUUGGGUGGAAAUUUCUUUACCCCUCCCCCCCCUUUUAAUGUUUAGUCAUGACCUGACUUUUAUAUAAGGCCAUGAUGGAAAAAUAGCACUCUUUACUUACUUUUCCUUUUUUAUCAUUAUGUUUUGUCCAGUUUUUGUGAAAAUAUUCUGCUAGUAUCAAAGAAUAUGUUUUUGGGAUUUGUUUGUUUCUUUGUAUUGGUCCUGAGGCUUGAACUCGGGGCCUGGGCACUAUCCCUGAACUUUUUUAUUCAAGGCUAAUGAAUCUACCAUUUGGGCCACAGUACCAUCCUGGCUUCUUGGAAGUUAAUUGGAGAUUGUCUUACGGACUUCCUUGCCUGAGUGGCUUCAAACUGGAUCCUCAGAUCCAGCCUCCUGGGUAGCUAGGAUUACAGGCGUGAGCCACCAGGCCCCAGCAAGAACCUGUUUUUCUAUGAAAAUAUUCACUUGUGCCAGACUUACAUUUGCUUAUCUUUUUCUGUGUGUGUAAAAUCAGAAAUGGAGUGAGUGCAUGGAGCAGUUAGGUUUGGAAGAAUGUAAACAUCCUCUCUUCACUUUCCAGAUGUAUAUUGCUGGAGAGCUUCUCUUUGCUACAUUCUUGAUCCAUCUAAAUCCCAGGAAGAGUUUGCAUGUUAUUGUUCUUUGUGGAAACUGUACGCAUGGUAGCGUUUUUGCUUGCUGUAUUUUCCAUCCUUAAGAAAAAGCAGUUUUAAUUGGCUAAUAGGAUAUAUUUUAUGUAGUACUUUUUUUAAUGGGAAGUAUUGAGAGGGUAAGAAGAGAUAAGAGCUAACUAAGCACAAUUUUUUUUUAAUUUAGGUCCUAAAAAAGUGUAUUAUUCUAAACAUGUUAAGGAUGCCUAUGUAGGCCUUUACAAAUGGGUUUGUAUGCUAAUGACUUGUUUAUCUAAUGUGCACUGAACAUUUUACAUUAAUACUGUAUUGUUUUACAUUAAUACUGCAUGCUUUUCUAUGUGAAUUGAAUAAAGGAUGUCAUAAGCA